CCGGCCGGCCGCCAUAUUGGUCCUUCUGCCCAAGUCGCUAGCUGUUGGAGCUCGGGCUGAUUAGCGCUCUCUACCCUUCCGUGUCUCUGACUCUCUUUCUUCUCUGGUUGCACCCAGGCGGGCUGGCCAACAGCUCCCGGGGCGUCUUGUGUGUGGCUGGAAGGGCCCCGUGUUGAGAAGUGGAAAGAAGCCAUUGGAUUGGCUAAUGGUCAUUUUCUGAUGACUCGCUGAUGUUCCAGGGAAUGGAGAUAAUAAUGAUGCUUGAACUGAACUACUAAGGAUUCUGAAGUCAAAAUAGUAUAAAUACUAUUAAUAAUGGCAGGAAAAUCGUCCCUUUUUAAAGUAAUUCUUCUUGGAGAUGGUGGAGUUGGCAAGAGUUCUCUUAUGAACAGAUAUGUAACCAAUAAAUUUGAUGCCCAGCUCUUUCACACAAUAGGUGUGGAAUUUUUAAAUAAAGAUUUGGAGGUGGAUGGACAUUUUGUUACCAUGCAGAUUUGGGACACGGCUGGUCAAGAGCGAUUCCGAAGCCUGAGGACACCAUUUUACAGAGGUUCUGACUGUUGCCUGCUUACUUUUAGCGUUGAUGAUUCACAAAGCUUCCAGAAUUUGAGCAACUGGAAGAAAGAAUUCAUAUAUUAUGCAGAUGUGAAAGAGCCUGAAAGCUUUCCUUUUGUGAUUUUGGGCAACAAGAUUGAUAUAAAUGAACGGCAAGUGUCUACGGAAGAAGCCCAAGCCUGGUGCAGGGACAACGGCGACUAUCCUUACUUUGAAACGAGUGCAAAAGAUUCCACCAAUGUUGCAGCUGCCUUUGAGGAGGCAGUUCGAAGAGUUCUGGCUACAGAAGAUAGGUCAGAUCACCUGAUUCAGACAGACACAGUCAAUCUGCACCGAAAGCCCAAGCCAAACUCAUCUUGCUGUUGAUGGCAUUAAAGAGAUGGUCGUUGCAUUCUCUCACACACACACACACACACACACACGAGAGGAGGGUUCAUCUACUAAUAAAAUUCAACUAACGAAUAUUGAUUGCUGCCUCAUUAGUUGGUGGGAAAAGGGACACAUUCACUCUGGAGGAAAAUCUAUUUACUCGGUAAUGGCACCUUACCUUUAUAAAUUGUAAUGGUUGUCUGUUUGAUUUAAAAUUAGUGCUAAUAAGAUGACCAAGAAUUGAAUUGUAAUUCAAACAAAAGCCUUGAAUAUUCUAGAAGUUACACUUAGGUUGUUUUCCCCACAAGAAAAUGGAAAAUUACUUUUAUAUGUGUAUAUUUUUAUGUAAUUAGCAUUCUAUUCUUGGUCCAGGGAAGUAAAUUCCUAUAACAAUACUAUUAAAGAUCAAAAUCUAA